AUGACGAGCCCUUACUCCCUGCCCUACCUCCUCUUCCUGCCGCUAGGCGCCUGCUUUCCUCUGCUGGACACAGAAGAGCCCGUGGACGCCGUGGGUGGCAUCGGAGGCGAAAUGAGCUGGGCCGACCUGGCGGGGGGACGCCACGUCCCCUGGGGCUCCCCUGGGUGGCCGAGAGCGCCACACCCACACGCCCUGCGCGUCACGGCCAAGGAGCCGCCGACGCUGGGCAGAGCGUGUGCCGGCUUCAAGUUGAGGCUCGGGCGGCAGCAAGAUGAUAGUGAGGCCACCGGCUUCCCUCUGGGUGACGGCGAGAAAGCUGGUGUGUUAGGGACCCUGGCAGAGGAGCUCAAUGGCUACAGCAGGAAGAAAAGCGGCUUCAGCUUCCGCUUCGGCUGGGGGUGA